UGUGAGUGGUGGUGUCAGACCAGCCACAUACAGUCUCUACAGGGAGAAUGUGCUCAAGCUAACAUGGACACCAUCUUGGUUUUCAGCCUGAUCAUUACAUCCUAUGAUGCUACCAAGAAAGAACUCAGGGAUAGCAGCUGCCAAGUGGGACCACUGCCCAAUCUCUUCCCAAAAGAUGUGAGAAGCAUCAGAGCUGAGCUAAUUCGAGAAGCUCAGGCAGAAGCCAAAAGGCCCACAUUCGUCCAAAACCAGACUGUGGCUACCUUGCAGUGUCUUGGUUCUGGGAGCAAAGUGAAAGUUAACCUUGUACAUUCAGGAAAAAGGCAAAAGGUCAAGCACAUUCUGAAGAACCUGAGAGUCAUGACUGUUCCCUGCAGAAACAGCACGGCCCCCCCAAGCUGUCACCUAACCCCCGCAUCCAAGGUUCAGGCUGGAUUCCUUGUGACGGGCAAAGCUUUUUUACCAGAGGUCUCUCAGUGUAAGGUCUAUCCAGUGAUGGGGGCUUCUUAUCCCUCCACUACUACCUCCAUAACUCCUGGAAAAAAAGGAGAGAAAACUACAAAGAUUGAUGGUUUUUCUAGUCCUCUGAAUCAAGACACAGAUGAGAACCUAGAGAGGAGGAGGAAAUGGAGCAUCGUGGUCAAAGUUCUGAUUGCAGUCACCUUGUUUGUCAGUGGAAUCGCCAUCACCGUGUUCAUCAUUUUUGAGGUCCCGUGCCCUAGUCAAUGUCAACAAGUCAGAAAGCUGUGCCAGUGCCAGCGGUUGUGGAGAAGGCCAAGGAAGGAAGACCAGCAACCUGGGACAGCUGAAUCCCAGCCUGACUCUCAGCCCAAAAAGGAAAGUGCUUUCUGUAUGGCUAUUGCCAUUUGCCUGGAGAAAGUGGGGUUCAUGUAUAAACUCUGGGAGAUAGGGAGCUGCUUUAGUUGUGAAGCAAAUGUGGGUAAUUCUUUUAUGUGUCAGGAAAUGGGCAGGUACAAUAUUGCUAUAAUGCAAUAGGGUACUUACUGAAAAUAUCUACUUCUGGGGAUCAGAUAUAAUGAAUCAGAAUAGCUAGAGUGGGACCAGGAAUCUUAUGAUAGACUUUUCAAGUAGAGGUAGAUUUACUAUGAAAUUAAUGAAGCUUAAAUUCAGGACCCAUGGGACCUGCACACAGGCCUUGUAUCCAAUUUUGUACUUUUUAUAGUUGUGCUUUUCAUUUAAAAAAAUCAUCCCUGAAAUUGUUAACAGCUACAGAGCCCACAAUUUAUGUCUCCAAAGGCUGGAUGCAGCUUCUGAAUAUAAGAAAUUGAUGGGUGCCCUCUCUACAUCUACAAAAACAUAAUGAAGCAAAGAGACGAGGUUGGACAAGAUGCUCCCAGUUCAUCAAGUCCCAAGAAAGCUGUAGAGAUCACCGUGGUUCACCAGACAUACUUCUGAAAACUUCUGCUCUGCCUCACAUGUUGGAAGAAGGAUAGUACGCUGUCUUCUCCCUACUAUUAAAUCAAUAUGGGCAGAUUCUUGCCAAUUUUACCCUCCUAUCUUCAGCAGGAACAUUACGAUCAGACAGCAACGCCAGGUCAGUGAGGAGAAAGCCCGGACUUACAGUCAGAGUUACUCUAGUGUCUUUGCUACUGACUCAGCCACAAGCCUUUGAAAUUCACUUGGAACUCAAACGAAAAAUGGGUAUUUUUUCAUCUCAUCAAAUGAAAACAACAGGUCUUCCCUCUAAGCGCUAUAUGAAUGGACACAUUGCUCUCUCUGACAAAAGGUUUAAACACAGUCUCUGAGGAACUGAGCAGAGCAGCCCCCGGUGUGGCAGAGUGACCUCAGCUGACCUCACUUGCCCUGGCUCUCAGCCAGCUGAGGGUGGGGCUCCUGUUUUCCCUCCGGCAUUCACUGGGCUUUAAAUCUCUGCCCCAGCUCUCCACAGGCUGGGGAAGGGAACGUGACCCCAAGCAUUCCAAAGGGCCUCCUCGUGACUCAUCCCCAAGGGCAUACAAAUAGGACUCAGACAAGAUCUCUCGAUAAUGCAGAAUUCCUGAUGUGGAAUUAUACUCUACCAUCAGGGUGAGCUACAGACAUUCACAAGCAAUCCAGAGCAAUGCAAUUAUGAUGUUCUUUCUCACAGAGGCAUGGCUCAGAGUCAAGCCUGACCUCACUAAGAGUUUAGUAAGAAAGUGAAAAGGCUGAUUUUUUAAAAAAUAAAUACUUAACACAACAUUUAUUGUAUUUCUUACCUGUUGUAUCUUCCUUUCCCUUACUUCAGCUAAGAGAUAGUUCAAGAAAGGCUCAGUUUGUAUGGAACGUCCCUGGUGCUCCAGUGGUUAAGAAUCCACCUUCCAAUGCAGGGGACGCCGGUUCAAUCCUUGGCUGAGGAACUAAGUAAGAUUCUACAUGCCUCAGGGCAACUAAGCCUGAGUCCCAAAACCAGGGAGCCCACCACACCACAACUGCUGAGCCUGAUCUCUGAGUCCAGGAGCCACAACUUGAGACAAGCUGUGUGCCAUGCCAAAGAGCAUGUGUGCCUCAAUGUAGCCAAAAUAAAAAGGCUCAGUUUAUAGAAUUUACUAUGAAAUUAGAUUUUCACUUAUACAUUGUAAUUUAGUUAUUCAUGAAACUCACAACUGUGGGUUACAGUGCGUAUGAGUUUUGACAAUAAAACGCAACAUAA